AUGAGUGGGUUGUACGCGAAGAGCUUCAUCUUCGGAUCCUAUGAACGUGAGGUGGCGUGCUCUGAGAAUCAAGACGAAGACGACGACGAUGACGUUGACAACGACGAACAACUCGCGGUCAAGACCAAGAGUUUCUCUCGCACGACCAUCUUGGGGCACAACGAACAGUGGUGCUACUUCGACUACUUCCAACGCACGAAAGAGCACGGAGGCUUCACGAUCUCCAAGCGUGCGUUACCUCCUUCAGAGGGUACUCCAGGACGCAUCGCUGGAGACCAUUCCCGUGUGGAUCAACUGCACGGAUUGAACGCUUCGUACCUCGUCGACAAGAUCCCCAACCAGAAAGAACUACGUGUAGUAUUCCACGCAUCCCAGCUUCGUCGAUUACUGGCCAUGGCCCAUGGUGUCACCAAACUCCCCACUGUGGUGCGUCGUCGUCGCUUCGGUGCUCAAGUCCCAGUCGAUGUAAACACUGUGCAUCGCUGCUACUUGUGUGGGUAUCUCGUCUGUGUGGACUGCUGGAACUCGGAGACCAUGGAGUGUUCAGCUGGACGAGUAGCUGCCAUUGUCGUAUGCACGAGAUGCCGUGCGAAUGUUCAAGCUUGCGAAUACUCCGAGGUGUUCGCUGGCACGUCCGCACAGCGAGAGAAACACCGUGGCCCACCUCGUGUUGUCGAGGACUCGUCUAACGCUCCGACUGUGUCAUUACUAGUCGAUUUCCUGUCUGCUUCGCUCCUGAACUCUGACGCUGGCAGCUCCGAGCAUGCGGCCGUGAUGACUGUGAUUCGGACUCUUCUCCGACAGGAUUCGGAAGAUUCCGAAGACGAUUCCGACGACGACUGUAGCGACGAAGACAGAAGCGAGUUUGACCGCAAUGAACCCCGUUUCAAGAUACUUGGCGAGACCGACGCCUGCAAGCUUGGGAACGCUGCGGAGAGGAAUUACGUUUUGGAUCUGCCGGUCGACCCCAAAGCCGCUAGUGACGACAAACCGGAUAUUCAAGACCUGGAGCUGCUGUGUAGUUUGGCUGUCAAGACGAUGGGCUGCUCGUAUUCCUUCGUGACGGUCAUGGGUGAAACGGAUGAGCACGUGUUGGCUAGUACACAUCCCGAUUUCGCUGGUGCCGUUGUGCCACGUGAACAGACGACGUGUCAGCACUUGUUGAUGUCGCCACACCCAUUUAUGGUAGCGCACCAUGAAGCCGAUGUACGCUUCCAGAACCAUGGACCGACCUCGUCAAUCCCUAUUCGGUUCUACGUUGGCUUCCCUGUUAAGGUUCCGCUCGUUGGAGGCAAACCUGGCGAUCCGGAGAUGAUCGCGGCGACGCUGUGCUGCGUCGACACGAAGCCCCGAGUUGAGAUCACUCGCACUCAAUACGCGACGAUGACGCGACUUGCAAACACUACCAGAACUUUUCUACUACAGAAAAGUCAGCAACUUCAGCUGGGGGAAGAUCGAACUAAAUAA